GGGGGGUGGAGAUUUGCGGUUUGUUGGAUUUACUCGCGGACUUCUACACCGACACGGGAAGCCCAGCUGCCGUCCGACCACCCCUCCAGCAGCCCCGUCUAUGGCGUUCAGGGCUCUGUAAAAAACUUUCUGUCUGCUCUAAAAAGGGAAAUGCCGGCGAGAAGAGGAGCGAGGAGCAGCUAGAGGGACCCUCCUCUCCUGCCGGAGGGCAGCACUAGGGGGAGGAGGGGAAGUCACCGUGACAUUUACCUCACGCUUCCCGCCAGAACCCACAUUUCCCUGCUCGGUUGGGCAGGUGGCCCCGCGGGCCCUGUCACUGGUCAUGUCGGCGAUAUCGGCAGCGGAGAAGGUGGAUGGAUUCACGCGGAAGUCCGUGCGGAAAGCUCAGAGGCAGAGGCGCUCCCAGGGCUCGUCCCAGUUCCGCGGCCAGGGACCCCCUGUGGAGCUUUCCCCCCUGCCCCCACUCAAAGAUGCCACUUCAAAUGAACAGCAAGAUCUUUUCUGUCAGAAGCUACAACAGUGCUGCGUACUCUUUGAUUUCAUAGACUCUAUAUCAGAUCUGAAGAGCAAAGAGAUCAAGAGAGCCACCUUGAAUGAGCUGGUGGAAUAUGUAGCUACAAAUCGAGGGAUACUAGUGGAACCCGCAUAUCCAGAUAUUAUUAAAAUGAUUUGCUCAAAUAUUUUUAGAACUCUCCCACCAAGUGAUAAUCCAGAUUUCGACCCUGAAGAGGAUGAACCUACAUUAGAAGCAUCGUGGCCUCACAUACAACUUGUGUAUGAGUUUUUUCUCCGAUUUUUGGAGAGUCCAGAUUUUCAGCCUAGUAUUGCAAAGCGGUUUGUGGACCAGAAAUUUGUACAGCAGCUUUUAGAUCUUUUUGACAGCGAAGACCCCAGAGAGAGAGACUUCUUGAAGACUGUGCUGCAUCGAAUUUAUGGGAAAUUUCUAGGGCUCAGAGCGUUUAUAAGGAAACAGAUUAACAAUAUUUUUCUCAGGUUUAUCUAUGAAACGGAUCAUUUUAAUGGUGUGGCUGAAUUGCUGGAAAUACUGGGAAGUAUCAUAAAUGGAUUUGCAUUACCGCUGAAAUCUGAACAUAAGCAGUUCCUCAUGAAGGUCCUGAUUCCUAUGCAUACAGCAAAGGGUUUAGCCUUGUUUCAUGCACAGCUAGCAUAUUGUGUUGUACAGUUCUUGGAGAAAGACACAGCUCUCACAGAGCCAGUUAUACGAGGAUUACUGAAGUUCUGGCCAAAAACAUGCAGCCAGAAAGAGGUGAUGUUUUUAGGUGAAAUAGAAGAAAUUUUGGACGUAAUUGAGCCAACACAGUUUAAAAAGAUUCAGGAACCUCUUUUUAAACAAAUAUCGAAAUGUGUGUCCAGUUCUCAUUUCCAGGUGGCAGAACGAGCCUUGUACUUCUGGAACAAUGAAUACAUUCUCAGCCUGAUCGAGGAAAACAUUGAUAAAGUUCUACCAAUCAUGUUUGGUAGCUUGUACAAAAUCUCCAAAGAACACUGGAACCCAACCAUCGUAGCUCUGGUUUACAACGUGCUGAAAACCUUAAUGGAAAUGAACGGCAAACUCUUUGAUGAACUUACAAGCUCGUACAAAGCAGAGCGACAGAGAGAGAAAAAGAAAGAAGUAGAAAGAGAAGAACUGUGGAGGAGGCUUGAUGAGCUGCUGCUAAAGAAAUCUCUGUCUGACAAGCAGAACCCUGCUCUCUGUGUGCAGAACAUACAGAACAAUGCAAGUGCCAAAUAAACACAUGAUGAUAACAA